UAUCUGUAAAACUCCAAACAAAGACGCUCUAGUGGGGAUCCCCUGCACGGUCGCACCACCAAAUUCGCCGCCGCAGCAUAGGGCUAUCCACCCGUCGUCGACGAGCAGAGCUAAGGAGGAGGAGAAGAUGGGUGGCGGGAUGGAGGUGCACAAGAACCGGUGGAUCGAGGAGUGGAACGCUGGCCGCGAGAACCUCGAGUUCAACUUCCGCUGGACGCGCCGCAGCCUCGCCGUCGUCGGGCUCUUCGGCCUCGCCGUCCCCAUCCUCGUCUACAAGGGCAUCGUUCGCGAAUUCCACAUGCAAGAUGAGGAUGCAGGAAGACCGUUGAGGAAGUUCUUGUAACAUGAAGAAUUAUGCUCACUUUGUUUCAAGAAAUAAGUGUUUUUGCCAGAUCUUGGCACUUUCAACUUGCUUGAGAAACAUAAUUAUACUCAAUUCUCUGUAAGCACUUUAAGUUGUUGUGUGUUGCUCCAAGUGUUUCUUUGAGGAACCUAUGUACCUUCUUGGCAUACUUUAUUUUUCCCCCCAAGAGGACAGUAUGUAAUUGUGUUGUGCUGGUGGGUUCUGUUUUUUCAGUAA